AUGCUUAAAGAUGCACUGAAUAAGCCAAUUGACGAAAUCAUACAAUUUCUAUGGCGACAUGAAUGCCCUGAAGAUUUAGAAGAUCAGGAAAUGGAAUUUUUGGAAGCUCUAAAGCUAAUACUUACACAUUUUGCUGGAAAAUGCAAACGAAAGAAAAGAGACAGCACAAACUCUGAACGGGCGUUCUGGAUCAGUUAUGUGAUUCCAAUAUUCGAUGCAUUUGCGGAUCAGACUGGCCUUCUGAAUUUUAGAUGGUGUGAGAUCUACCUACAAUCUCAUGCGGAUACAAAUCCUGGGGCAGUACGAUACGUGGACGGUCUUGGUCUAGAUGAGUCAGAAAACGAAAGACUAGUGAUGGAAUCAUCAAGUGGGGAGUAUAAAGAAAAACCCAAUCACACUGAGGAUGAUACAUUGAAGCAAAUCCACAGUUCAAUAAUGAUGCUAAAAGUGGACAUUAACAACUACCGCAAUUCAGCUUUCUCUACGAUAUGCCUAGUCAAAACUUUUGGUCUUCAUUGUGUGAAGAAAGAUAUAACUCUCACGAAAACCAAACUUGACGGUGCCACUGGUCGCUACAUAUACCAGGAAAUUAGAUCUGCUGAAAUUCCAGUAGCAUAUGAAAAGCGGCACAAAUAUCUGAAGAUUGCGGAAUUGCUCGCGACAUUAACAAAGUUAUUGGUUAUCCAGAAAAACGUUAGAGAAAAAUUAGAAAAAGAAAGGUCCGAUUAUAUUCCUGUACCAGAAAGUUUACGAGUCCAAGCUGUACUUGGUCUUUAA